UCAGCAAACAGAAGUUUCAGUUUCAAAAAAUGGCAGAUGAAGACGACAACAUCGACUUUGGGGAUGACUUUCCCGAAGAUGAUGACGAAGAUCAUGACUUUGAGGACGUUGCGGACCAAGCAGAGGCAAAUGUAGAGAUCUUGCAGUCUGCUGCUGUCGCCGGUGACAAUGGAGAGCCUCGCAAGCGUGUCACCACGCCUUACAUGACUAAAUAUGAGCGUGCACGUGUACUCGGCACCAGAGCUCUACAGAUUUCGAUGAAUGCUCCGAUCAUGGUGGAAUUGGAGGGUGAAACCGACCCCCUCGCUAUCGCCACUAAAGAGCUGAAGGCUCGUAAAAUCCCAUUCAUCACUCGCCGCUAUUUGCCAGAUGGUAGUCACGAGGACUGGAGUAUAGAGGAACUUAUUGUCACUGGCAUUUAGAGUGGCUACUGUUCUCUGGUGAUUUUUAUCUACCUGCUGUGCUGCUUUGCUCCUGUCUCGUCUGGCGCUUUGUAUAUAUUGUAGUUUAGCUUUUCAUUCAUGUGUCUGUUUGCCCUCUUGGCACUUUUCUGUUUGCCCUCUUGGCACUUUUCUGUUCUCUCUCCUGUCUUGAGUGUUGACGACUGUGUACAUAUCAUUUCCCCCUUGCGCAAGCCAGUAAUAGCUGUCCGCACAUUUGUCUGGGGCCAUGCGACCGCUUAUUUAGACCGCGAGUCUGUCUGAUUCAAACAUGUGCUUGCGCGAUGUUUUGCUGCAAACGAGUGACGGGAUGGCUAUGGUCUGGCAAAGCAAUAUUGACGGACACACAACAUUUGGAGUUGGG